GGGGAGGGAUAGUGGCAGAAGUGGGCAAUGUUGCGGAGGUGAGGCCAAGCAGAAUGGAUCAUGGCACGGAAGUGCGGUGUACAGGACAGUCGAGGGUACAAAAGAACACAAGGAUUGGCUCGGUGAGCUGGAGAACCGUGAACAGCAUCCACGAAUGGUGAUGCUCUCAGCGCCUGACAAGACAAUUCAUCAGGACACCAGUGGUCCUGGAGUUAAGGAGAUGGAGUUGGGUGUCAUCCGCAUGCGUGUGGAAGAAAAUAGAUUCACCAACUGGGUAAACAGACCUGUGGAGUACGGAAACUUUCCUAAAGUGUGGAACAAGGAAAGCUGCCUGUAUCUAUCGUAUCCCAGAGCUGCGAUCGAUUGCGAAUCUUCCCACUUGCUGAGAGAGAGAGGGAGAGGGAGGGAGGGAGAGGCCAUGGCGUUCGCCAACCCCGGGCACCUCAUCCCGCAGCUGAAGCUGGAGGACGCGGCCGAGGACAACUUGUUCAAGAACAUGUCGCUCCGCUCCCUGCAGCAGGUCCAGCACCCGAGGAGCAAAGCCCCGUCCCCGGCCGGACCCCGACACCCCGGUGAAGAUCGUGCUCUAAAUUGGAACAAUUGCAGCAUUGGACAAACAAAGGCCGUUUCGUCAGAAAUACCCCCAGCAUUGAGUUGAAAGGAAGAAUGGAAACCUGGAAGGAGUACAUCUUAAUCUUUGCCACUGGGUGGAAAUCUAUGUUGUCAAUCAUAGCUUUACUCCCAUUAAUUAGAAAACUGUCACAUUAAAUAGUAUUGCUUGUGUUUGAACUGACAAAAUUGGUCGGUGUUCGAUGGUAGAUAUUGUUGCAUAGGCAGAAUUUGGGAUUGUACAGCUCUGAAAUGACUGUUAGGUGGCAGUGCUGUCUCCCAUCAUUUUCAAUUUGGGGUUAAAAUCAUUUGAAUUUCAAAGUGAGUAUUUUUUAAAUUGCAAGUUCUAGCUACUGAAACGAUUUAGUAAUAAUAAUCCUUGCAUUUGGUAUAGCGCCUUAUCAUGUCUUCAAGAGGUCUCAAAGCUCUUCACAGAAUAUACUGUAAAUAUACGGUAUACUUUGUGGGCAAAUCACCCACAAAAUAUAGUGCACGAAAACACUACUAAGAUUGGGUUGGGAAGUAAUUUGAAUGACUCGUAUUGUGCCAGAUUAAAAUUUUGGAAUAGAUUGAGGAUUAAGCUUCACUUAAAAGCAAUAUUUUUUUUUUUAAAAAUUGAAUGCUGUUUGAAAAUGUUCCACUGCCACCAGUCCUGACCUGCAAUGAAAUAUUCAUGUCGGAUUACAGUUAGUGCAGUUCGGCACUGAGAUCUGGUUACAACUUUUUAUGUCUGGGAUACUUUCCCAGUUAGCACCGAAUACAUGUUAGCAGCAUUGUUUGGUCAGCCUGAUGUCUGUACACGCGGAAACCCAUUACCAUGUUUAAGAGUAUCCGAACUAUACUUCGACUCCAAAAAAAAAUAGGGUUUUAACUCUCAGGAUUAAACAGGAGACGGGCGAUGAAUUUGUUCAUCUUAUGUUCUUCCAAAACCUGCUGACGAGUCAGGCUGGCUAAUCCAUCUGGUUUGUACUGCAGGCCUGCCUGGCUCAGGAUCCAGACUAUCAAGAUUACCACAGAAGGUGAUUCCAUUGCCAAGUGUAGGAUUGAACCCUCACUAGGUGGUUGGCAUAUGCCAGGAAUUCCCUUCAGGCUUCUUGGUAAAUAGCACAACUCAGCUUGAAAUGCGCGAGAACAAUGCACUGUUCUCCUCAUCAAUCCGACUCAUCCUUACCCCAUUAAGUGAUGGUUUCACCCGUUGGAAGUGUGCAGCGUCACUAAAGCACCAAUGAUACCAUUCAAAAACUAUUCAUCAAUAAUCGAAAUAAAAUGACUCUUCAGAUAAUCAAAUAACAACCUGCUUUGAAAAAUGUGGCCAAAGAGGAACAAACACAAACAGAAUUGAUGGUGGCUCAGCUAUUCUAAUAAUGGAUUAAAUAACUGCUUAAUGUCCACUGCCAUUAAUUCAACUAAGCAUUGUUUUUUUAGAUUGCUCCGAUUCAAACCGUGUAUGUUCUUAUAGCUAUAUAUUAGCAUAACCUGGACUACACUCGGUUAUGCUUCACCAGUACCCUAACAUUUUUAGGGUUUCCUAAACAUCGGCUCUUGCCAACCUGUCUUAAUACUCUCUGGAAUUAGAUAAUCGGGGUAUGUCCCCUAGGAAGAGAGAAAAACUUUCCGGGCACAGGAAAAACUUCAUUUAUAGACUUUUGUAUGUGAACUCUGUUUGCUUUGAAUACUCUUAAGCAUGAUGCAUGUUUCAGACACUUGUCUACCUGAAACAAAUCUUCAAAAUACAUGAAAUGCAAAGUGUGCUAACGUCCCUAAUAGAUGUAUGAAAAAAUGUAAGCUUUAUAUUUCAGCUUGAUGGUUCAUAUUUCAAAAUGAACACGGUUCUGCAUGCAGCUUUACAUAUUUUACUGCAUAUGAAAAAUGUUUGCAUAAAUGUUUGGUUAAACGUGAUGCAGCAAAUGCGAUAUCAUAUUUUAAUUAGUAUUGGAUGCAUUUGUUUUUCGUACAUUUUUGUUUCUUUUCCAAUAAAAGGUAAUUUACCCUU